UUUGCCAUCCCAGGUACCAAGAAUCCAAAAGAAUUGCAAUCUUUCUGAGCAUGCCAGAUGAAAUCCAGACAGAAGAAAUCAUUAAGGACAUUUUUAAGCAAGGCAAAGAGUGUUUCAUCCCACGUUACAAGCCUGACAGCAAUCACAUGGACAUGCUGAAGUUAUCAUCAGCUGAAGACAUUUCUUCACUGACUUUAACAUCCUGGAAUAUUCUUCAGCCUAGUGAUGAUGACAGUGCAAGAGAGGAGGCUCUUGCUGGUGGGGGUCUUGACCUUAUCUUCAUGCCGGGCCUUGGGUUUGACAAAAAAGGCAACAGACUGGGAAGAGGGAAAGGAUAUUAUGAUACCUAUCUUGAAAGAUGUAUGAAACAUCCCCGUGGAAAGCCUUACACGAUUGCCUUGGCUUUUAGGGAACAGAUUUGUGAAUCAGUGCCUGUGACAGAAAAUGAUGUCCAAGUAGAUGAAAUUCUUUAUGAAGGCCGCUGAAAGUAUCCCGAUUCCAACCCACCUUCAGAGUGACCAACCAAAGCCAUCAGAUCCAUCAAUCAUGGCUUUUUAAUAGUCGUAUAUGACUUUGGGAGCAAUAAAAUACAGUAUUUGUGUUUGAACAAAAAAAACCCCCACAGUGUAAAUGUGGUGAUAGCGGUGAGGAUUACCUUGAUUUGCUUCUAAUUAGCAAAUAUCUGAUGUGAAUUCUUAUUCUAGAAUCAAUAGAACAAAAAUGUGUGACUGUUUAUUACAGUAAGGACCAUUUCUUAUCAUCAUACUUUUGAGGAAUGAUACUUGAUACUUAAGAGUUUUAUUAUUCCAGU